AUGGACGCUUUAGUGACGGGUGCGGCGCUGAAUGCCGCUUCACUAUCGGAAAUGGAGGACCUACACCCUCUGUCGACGAUCGAGAGAUUACCUACGGAGCUUCUCCAGCACAUCGCUUCAUACCUCCUUCGCCGAUAUCCGACUUUCGAAGAAGACCUUAUGCUUCCCGAGUUCACGUCUUGCCCUGGGUUCUUCGGUUUGAUGGAGUUCCGGGAAACGUCCCGAACGAUCCGCUCAAAGACCGAAUUUACGUUCAAUGCGUGUUUCGAAACUCACGCUUUGAGCUUUACCGAUGGAAGCAUACUAUCGCUCUUAGAAAUGUCAAACCACGAGGGAAUCCGAUCACGCAUGAGUUCGGUGACUUUUGUUGCACCAUACCCCAACUGGAACAGAUAUUCCUACUAUGGACAUCCGCGAUACGAACACAGGCUCAAAUUGGCAGCAGAGCUACCAGAAGUCAGAGACUUACUCCGAUGUCAUUCGAUCAACACUUCUAUAAUCGCAGCUGCACUGAGGCGAUUGCGAGUGACAAGUGUCAUCUUGGGCCCCAGUCUAGUCACGACUCACUGGGACGAUUGUCAGCAAUCUGAGCUUGACACGUGCUAUAACCUGGAGCAUCUGGAUCUCGGACUUGACAAACGAACUGUCCAGCAAGAUUGGCCACGCAUGGGCAAUGCGUUUCGAGUCUGGCUCGCCAUAGCCGACUUGGAGUAUUCGAAGCUCUCGGAACUCAGACUCUCCGGCUUCGUCAUGGAUUCCGACACCUUGCAGGGGUUUUUAAGCAGGCACAAGCGUUCUAUGCUCCAUUUAGAGAUCGAUAACUGCUACCUUGACGGUUCAUGGACGGCUGCGCUGGCCCCGUUACGCACUUCACCAGGGCUGCGAACAUUGAUUCUGGACCAGAUCAGCGAGCAACUUCUGCGAGUUGAGUGGUCAGUACCCUUCAGUCAUGACUUGUCCAACAUGAACGAGUUGUUAAGAGACGGCGAAGAUGACGACGACUGGGUCUAUGUUAUUUGUGUUGGGUUUUGUGGUAUGAGAUUCGAAUUCCCAGAGCAAGACGUUGAUGAGCGCAUGAGCGAAAUAUUCGGGAGCAUGCGUUUGACUCAUCGACCAGCGGAUCCUGGCGCGGAAGAUGCACUCAAUUGGCACGCUCAUCGUUUACCAUUUUGA